AUGCAGCAGGCAUGGACGACUAGAGGCAAAUCCUGCCUAUUGUGUACUUACCAGGCACUGUUACGCCCCGCGACAAGGAAUUUUACAACCACUUCAGCACUGCAGCGAGCCAAGAGCUCGUCAAAGAAGAAAUCGGAAAAGAAAGAUGCCGAUGAAUCACCUGCAAAGCGUUCCGUUAAGAAAACCCUAAAAGACUUCGGUCCACCUCGCAGAAGAGGCGAGAGGGAACAGAUUACGGUCACUGAUUUCGCCGGGAUUACCGAAGCCCUUCUUCAAGAACACCGGGACAGCCUUUCCGACAAAUCCAUUGCAGCAACAAAAGAAUGGCGGGAUUUCGAACGAUAUGUGUUAAAUGCGUGCAAGAUUGAAACCAGGGGUAUGGGCACCCCGACCAGCCCUUUGCGACAACUGAAGGUGGCACUACAGAGAGCAUAUAUCAGAGAUGGGAUCAACGGACUAAGGACUGAGCUGGGGUAUCUCCUUUACGCCCACGGUCUCACGCUCAAGUAUUCCACGCCAAACUUGGAACACCAGAAGCAAGUGACCGAUCUCAGCUAUCCGGCGGAAUGGUACCCACAGGCACGGUCCAUCCAACGGACAAUACAUCUACAUGUUGGGCCAACGAACUCGGGAAAAACGUACACUGCGCUUAAGCGACUCCAGAACAGCAAGAAAGGCUUCUAUGCCGGUCCGUUAAGGUUACUCGCGCAGGAAGUGUAUCAUCGGUUCACAGCCGAUGGAACCCCAUGUAGUCUUGUCACCGGCGAUGAUGUCAAGAUCCCCGAAGACCAGUUGCCGUCCGUCAUGAGCAAUACAGUGGAGAUGGUCGAUUUAUCAGAGCGUUUUGAUGUUGGCGUUAUUGAUGAGAUUCAAAUGUUGGCAGACCGCUCCCGUGGGUGGGCUUGGACUCGUGCCCUCCUUGGUGCGCGUGUUACCGAAUUGCACCUCUGUGGCGAGACCAGAACUGUGCCUUUGAUUCGUAACAUCGCUGCGCUUACGGGGGACAAACUUGAGGUUCACCACUAUGAGCGAUUGAAUCCUCUCAAGGUAGCAAGCAAGAGUCUUAACGGUAACCUCAAGAACCUUGAGAAGGGUGAUUGCGUUGUGGCAUUUUCUCGAGUUGGAAUCCACACUUUGAAAUCAGACAUCGAAAAGGCCACCGGGCGACGAGCGGCGAUUGUUUACGGUAGUUUGCCUGCCGAAAUCCGUACUCAGCAAGCCGGCCUAUUCAACGACCCCGACAAUGACUACGACUUCUUGGUUGCCAGUGAUGCUAUUGGCAUGGGUCUCAACCUGAGCUGCAAACGCAUUAUCUUCGAGACUUUGGUGAAAAGGGUACCAGGUGGUCUCCAGAGGCUUUCUGUGCCGGAAAUCAAACAAAUUGGUGGGCGAGCGGGUCGUUAUCGGUCGGUAGGGCAAAAGGAUGGGGAUGAAAACGAUGGGCAGAAUGUGGGCUAUGUGACGUCUCUGGAAGAGGUAGACCUGCCUUACAUCCAAAAGGCAUUGAGUACCGAACCCCCUCCCAUCAGUGCUGCCGGCAUAAUUCCUCCGGAUUCUGUGUUCCACAAACUGGGCGCCUACUUCCCACCAGGUGUACCUUUGGAAUACAUCAUCAAGCGCACCUUUGAAAUCUCUCAGGUCGGCUCCUUGUUCUUUCGUUGCGACCCCAAGGGUCAGCUCGAAAAUUCCGAGAUCACCGAUACAGUCCCUGGGUUACGGUUGGAAGACCAAUUGACGUUCAUGGCGGCUCCUUUGUACACCCAAGGGCAAGCAGCGAAGGACGUUUCGCGUGCGCUUGCCGAGUGCGUUGCGCAGAACACCGCCGGUAAAUUGUUGGAUAUUCCGGAGCUCAACCUGGAAAUCUUGGAGGAGCCAGCGUCUGGCAGCAAGGAAUAUCUGCAUCAGUUGGAAGGUCUUCACAAAGCCCUAAUCUCAUAUUUAUGGCUCAGUUUUCGAUUUGGCGGUGUCUUCACUGAUCGUACCCUUGCCACUUACGUGAAGAAGAUGGUGGAAGAGAGGAUGAUCAGAGCUUUGACCGAAUUUUCUGCCAACAAGAAGCUCAGAAAAGACGCCUCGCUCCGACGGCAGAUUGCCCUGCAGAAACAAAUUGAGGAGCAUAAACGGCUUUUCUCCGAUUUGGAUUACCAGCCUAUGGAUGGAGAGCAGCAUUCGCUUCCGGUCGAGCUUUCUGCGGAUGACCAUCAUUUGGCGGAGACUCCUCCUGAAACCAAUCCCAUGUAA